AUGAAGGAGAUGGAAUUCCUUGAGCUCAGGCAAGGGAACACGACUGUAGCUAAAUACGCAACCAAGUUUGAAGAGCUAGUGAGAUAUUUUCCUCAAUACCAAGGAAGGGAUAAUGAAAGCUCAAAAUGUGUGAAGUUUCUAAAUGGCUUGCGACCUGAGGUGAAGCAAGCUGUGAAUUAUCAAGGUGUUCAUCAAAUCCCACUAUUGGUGAACAUGUGUAGAAUUUGGGAUGAAGACUCUCGAGAUAGUGCAACGUAUUAUCGGAGCACGAGUCCAAUGAAGAACAAGAAGAAUGGAUCCCAAAAUUGGGGAAGACAAUACCCGACCUCUCCUAAGCAUUAUGGUAAUUUCCCCAACAAUCAGAGGACUACUGCUAUGGGGUUUUCUAGUGGUAGUGGUAGCAAACCCACUACUUUCUCAACUCAGAUAGUUUGUUACAGGCAUGAUAAGCCACACCAUAUUUCUUCAAACUGUGCGGACAAAGACAUGACUUGUUUCAACUGUAGAUAG